GGCAUCGGGUUCCUGGCUCGUGAUUGGCUGAAGCCCAGGCGCUCCCCUUCUCCACCUCCUCCAGCGGGGUGAGAGGUCAGCUGAGAGACUGCUGGGUCGACAAUGGCGGGGUUCUGGGUCCGGACAGCAUUGCUGGAAGCUGCUGGACGGCGUGGGCGGUGGCCGCCGCAGCAGCUGAUGCUGAGCGCGGCGCUGUGGACCCUGAAGCAUGUUCCGCACUAUUCAAGAAAGCACUUAAUGGUGUCCCGUAAUCUUGGUUCAGUGGGAUAUGAUCCUAAUGAAAAAACUUUUGAUAAAAUUCUUGUUGCCAAUAGAGGAGAAAUUGCAUGUCGGGUUAUUAAAACUUGCAAGAAGAUGGGCAUUAAGACAGUUGCCAUCCACAGCGAUGUUGAUGCUACUUCUGUUCAUGUGAAAAUGGCGGAUGAGGCCGUCUGUGUUGGCCCAGCUCCCACCACUAAAAGCUACCUCAACAUGGAUGCCAUCAUGGAAGCCAUUAAGAAAACCAGGGCCCAAGCUGUACAUCCAGGUUAUGGAUUCCUUUCAGAAAACAAAGAAUUUGCCAGAUGUUUGGCAGCAGAAGGUGUCAUUUUCAUUGGACCUGACACACAUGCUAUUCAAGCCAUGGGUGACAAGAUUGAAAGCAAAUUAUUAGCGAAGAAAGCAAAGGUUAAUACAAUCCCCGGCUUUGAUGGGGUAGUCAAGGAUGCAGAAGAAGCUGUCAGAAUUGCAAGGGAAAUUGGCUACCCUGUCAUGAUCAAGGCCUCAGCAGGUGGUGGUGGGAAAGGCAUGCGCAUCGCUUGGGAUGAUGAAGAGACCAGGGAUGGUUUUAGAUUGUCAUCUCAAGAAGCUGCUUCUAGUUUUGGCGAUGAUAGACUACUAAUAGAAAAAUUUAUUGAUAAUCCUCGUCACAUAGAAAUCCAGGUUCUAGGUGAUAAACAUGGGAAUGCUUUGUGGCUUAAUGAAAGAGAGUGCUCAAUUCAGAGAAGAAAUCAGAAGGUGGUGGAGGAAGCACCAAGCAUUUUUUUGGAUGCGGAGACUCGAAGAGCAAUGGGAGAACAAGCUGUAGCUCUUGCCAAAGCGGUGAAAUAUUCCUCUGCUGGGACCGUAGAGUUUCUCGUGGACUCUAAGAAGAACUUUUAUUUCUUGGAAAUGAAUACAAGACUCCAGGUUGAGCAUCCUGUCACAGAAUGCAUUACUGGCCUGGACCUAGUCCAAGAAAUGAUCCGUGUUGCUAAGGGUUACCCUCUCAGGCACAAACAAGCUGAUAUUCCUAUCAACGGCUGGGCAGUUGAAUGUCGAGUUUAUGCUGAGGACCCCUACAAGUCUUUUGGUUUACCGUCUAUUGGGAGAUUGUCUCAGUACCAAGAACCAUUACAUCUACCUGGUGUCCGAGUUGACAGUGGCAUCCAACCAGGAAGUGAUAUUAGCAUUUAUUAUGAUCCUAUGAUUUCGAAACUAAUCACAUAUGGCUCUGAUAGAACUGAGGCACUGAAGAGAAUGGAAGAUGCACUGGAUAACUAUGUUAUUCGAGGUGUUGCACAUAAUAUUGCAUUACUUCGAGAGGUGAUAAUCAACUCACGCUUUGUAAAAGGAGACAUCAGCACUAAAUUUCUCUCUGACGUGUAUCCUGAUGGCUUUAAAGGACACAUGUUAACCAAGAGUGAGAAGAACCAUUUACUGGCAAUAGCAUCAUCAUUGUUUGUGGCAUUCCAGUUAAGAGCACAAUAUUUUAAAGAACAUUCAAGAGUGCCUGUUAUUAAGCCAGACAUAGCCAACUGGGAGCUCUCGAUAAAAUUGCAUGAUAAAGUUCAUACUGCAGUAGCAUCAAACAGUGGGUCCACGUUCUUGGUGGAAGUUGAUGGGUCGAAACUGAAUGUGACCAGCACGUGGAACCUGGCUUCGCCCCUAUUGUCUGUCAGCGUUGAUGGCACUCAGAGGACUGUCCAAUGUCUUUCUCGAGAAGCAGGUGGAAACAUGAACAUUCAGUUUCUUGGUACAGUGUACAAGAUGCAUAUCUUAACCAAACGUGCUGCAGAAUUGAACAAAUUUAUGCUGGAAAAAGUGGCUGAGGACACAAGCAGUGUUCUGCAUUCCCCGAUGCCCGGAGUGGUGGUGGCUGUCUCUGUCAAGCCUGGAGACAUGGUCGCUGAAGGUCAAGAAAUUUGUGUGAUUGAAGCCAUGAAAAUGCAGAAUAGUAUGACAGCUGGGAAAACUGGCACGGUGAAAUCUGUACACUGUCGAGCUGGAGACACAGUUGGAGAAGGGGAUCUGCUCGUGGAACUGGAAUGAAUGAUUUAUAACCUUUCAGUCAUCACCCAAAUUAAUUCGCCAUUUGCGUGAUGCUUUCACACAAUUGAUUCAGGCAUUUUACAGAACACUCCCAUGCAGCUACGUUUUACAUCAUCAUAUUACACAGAAUCAAUACCAAUAUUCUGCCAAAAAAAAUCACCAAUGGAAAUUUUCAUUGAUGUAAAUGCUGUACGUAUGAUUUGUACUUCUCCUGUGAGAUUUCCUAGUGUCAAACUGAAAACAAUAAAACAGCGUUUGUCUAA